CCGGUCGGCCCUCUGCUGAGCCGCCCGCCCGCCGGUGCAGUGUCUCCUCCGCGGGCCCAGGCGGCGGUGGCGCCCGGGCGGCCCCGCGGCCCUGCCCCGUCCGCGCCGCUGGAGAUGAACUCGAGCCUGCGGCACUGGCGGGAGGCGGCGACGCUGCUGCUGGCGGCGGGGAGGCCGGGACCGCCGCCGCGCUCCCCGCCCGGCCCCUUCGACUAUGAGCUGCUGCUGCUGCAGCGGAGCCCGCGCAGCGGCUUCAUGCCCGGCGCCCACGUCUUCCCGGGGGGGCUGGCGGAGGCAGCGGACUUCUCGGCCGAGUGGCUGGGGCUGCUGCCCGCUGCGCCGCUCUGCGGGCUGCGCCCCGUCAGGCCACCGCCUCCCGGGAGCAGCCGAGCCCCGCUCUUCGCCACCGACCGGACGCGGCUGGGCUCGCCGCUGCCGGGGGAGGUGGCCUUCCGCAUUUGCGCCAUAAGGGAGACUUUCGAGGAGGCGGGAAUCCUGCUGCUGGUGCCGGGGCGCGGCCCGGCCCCGCCGCUGCCCGCAGAGCGCUGGCCCCCCGCCGCCGAGCUGAGUGAGUGGCGACGCCGGGUGCAGCGGGACCCGCGCUGCUUCCUGCAGCUGUGCCGGCGGCUGGGCUGCGCCCCCGACAUCUGGGCGCUGCAGGAGUGGAGCAACUGGCUGACCCCCGUCAGCAGGGCCGGCGGCCGCCGCUAUGACACGGCCUUCUACCUGUGCUGUCUGCAGCAGCGGCCGCCCCACGCCUCGCAGGACGACCAGGAGGUGACAGGCGUCCUGUGGUCAUCGCCUCCAGAAGCCAUUGAACGCUUUAAAUCUCAGGAAAUAUGGUUUGCUCCGCCUCAGUUCUAUGAAUUGUGUAGGCUGUGCAACUUCUCUUCGCUCCGUGAGUUACACAAGUUCAGCUCUGACCGGGCUCUAGAGGGAUGCGAACGCUGGAUGCCUGUGAUGUUAACUGCUUCAGAUGGCUACAUGCAGAUAUUGCCAGGAGAUGAGUUAUAUCCAGAAGAUCCAGAUUAUACGGGAGAAAAGAAAACAAUCAUGUCAACAGAUAAGAAGGUUGAAGAUCUCAUGAAAGAGGGUAGUGUAUUUCACAGGAUAGUAAUAAAAAACAUCAACGAUCUUGCUGUCUAUGUUAAUAUUCAAGCAAAAUAUAAACAUAAGAAUCCAGUCAUGAUAAACUCUCGUUCAGAUUACAAUAGCAGAUUAUAAUAUCUGUUUGGUUUAAAGCUAGAAUAUUUUUAAUUACAUAAUACUCACUGUGGUUUUGUCCUUUCUAACCAUUGCCAAAUUGUCAGGAAAAUAUUCCUUUGUCCUAUCAGAGCAUUUUGUGUGCGUGGUUUAUGAGAUUUAUGUGUACUUAAUUCUUUGAGUCUUUGGAACAGCACAGUUGUGCCAGUUACAAUGUUUAGAAACUACUGAAAAUUUAACAUAACCAUCAACUUAAUUAUUAAAUGUGAUUUGAUGGUAAUUAUACUGAGCCAUUACCACCUUAUUCUACUUACAUAUUAAUUGCAGAAUAUGCUGUAACACUGAUCUGUUGGGUCACGCAGGUCCUUUUCUCACUGAAAAUUUAAGUAAAUAUUAUGUUCAAGACAAGUGUGUUUUGAGUUGAAGAAUUCUAUCACUAUGCUUUGCAAAGUUAUCCAUGAGACUACUGUAACGUGUGUCUAGGAAUGAAUGAAAUUUCCCAUUCCAUAUCUGCUGACAUCUCCCAGUCUAUUCUUUCUUUCAUUUUUGGUAAAACCAGUGUAUAUGUGUUUAUAGAGAUUGAUUAGCUAAAGCUCACUUUUUAAAAAAAGUAUUAUAAAGUUAAGGUUUAUAUUAAAUAUACCUAAGUUAUUUCUACUCAUGGUAAUCUACUCAAAACUUUACAAUCUUCAAAGGUAGAGAUAAUUUAGACAAACUAAAUCAUCUAUCAGAUUGAGUGCAUUCUCAACAUUCUUUUUAUUCAUGAUAAUUUUUAAUAUUCCAGCUGUUAGCACUUAAACACGUUAAAAAUUGCUUAGCUCCAAACAGAUACCACUAACAACUUCAGGGAAUAAUGUACUAUCUUGGAAACAUGUACUUCCAUUUUUCAACAUCCUACCAUUUUACUUCUCAAAUACUUUACUAAGUAUAUCUGAGAUUUAAGAACUUCAGAGGAAGGAUUACUGCUUGUUUUUUUGUUUUGGAUUUUUGGUUGGUUGGUUUUGUCUUUUUUUUGUGCAAGAAGGGGAGUAAAUAGAGCAGUAAUGUAAGUUCUUUAUCUGGAAGAAGAAUGAAUGAUGACUUGAGAUUAGCCAGUAAAGUUGUUCAGAAAGCUUUGUUUCGGCUUUUGUUCUGUAUUUCAAUUAAAAUCUUUUGCAUUAUUUUCAUUCAACUGAA